AUGUACUCCAAGCGAAACAAUUUGUUCUUUCAGGUAUUGUGUUUUGCUGCCCUUAUUGCCGUGGUUGUUGCGCAUGGCCACGCGCCUGCUUACUCCUCUCAGCACAUCACCAAACAUGAUGGAGAGCCUGAGGUGGUAAAGGUCGGACACGACGGCCAUGUUGUUGACUAUCAUACUCAUCCUAAGUACGAGUUUGAGUACAAAGUAGAAGACCACCACACUGGUGACAUCAAGUCCGAACACCAAAGCCGUGAUGGUGAUAUUGUCAAGGGCCACUACAGCCUUCAUCAACCUGACGGCUCCGAAAGGAAUGUGCAUUACGAGGCUGACAAAACUGGUUUCCACGCUGACGUGAAAUUCAACACGCAUCACGUUCUGUGCUUCGUCUUCGUUACUUUGGUGUCCUUCGCUGAAUAUGGACAUGGACAUGGGCACGCGUAUUCGUCUCAACACAUUUCCCGACAUGACGGACAUCCUGAAAUUGUGCACCUCCAUGGACAUCAUGGGCAUAAUCACAUCGAUUACCAUACUCAUCCCAAAUAUACAUUUGAGUACAAAGUACACGACGACCACACCGGUGACAUCAAGUCGCAGCACGAGACACGUGAUGGUGACAAUGUUAAGGGAUACUACUCGUUGCACCAGCCCGAUGGCUCCGUAAGAUCCGUGCACUACCAUGGCGACCAUCAUACAGGAUUCCACGCUGAUGUGAAAUACGAUACGCAUCAUAUCAUCCCUAAGAAGCACUAUUACUAA